UUUCAAAUCCGCGAUCAGCAUCAUCGAUACCAGUGGCCACUUCAUAGACAAGGCCGAUUGAGGUGCCUACACAUACAUAUACUCUAUACCCUUUCUUCUCGUCGAUUGUCGAGUAGAACAGCAUGGCUGCGCCACCUCUGCUCAUCCGAGCGGCAACGGCCACCACCUCGUCCUCGCUAGCAGCUGCGAAUCUGGCCACUCGCUCAGCUGCCGCCGCUGCCGGACCCUCUUCGUUAUCACCGCCAUUGCAGCGUCAACAAUGUUACUCGACAUCAUCCAAUGCCGCUCACGCAAGGCAUCCUAGGCGGCCUCGUUCCCUCUCACAAUCCGCUUCGACCACCUUCAACCGCUCUUUCUCCUCCACCCCACGCACAUCGGCGUCCGUCAAGGACCCUUACGCUGCCCUUGGCGUCAAGAAGUCUUCAUCUGCAAAGGAGAUCAAGUCGGCCUACUACGACUUGGCCAAGAAGCUCCACCCUGACGUCAAUCCAGACAAGUCUGACAAGGCCAAGGAGCGAUUCGUAGAAAUUCAGCAGGCAUAUGAUAUACUCAGCGACGAAAGUAAGAAGCAGAAUUUCGACCAGUACGGUAGUCCUGACGGACCUGGCGCUGCCGGCUUUGGAGGUGGAAACCCGUUCGGAGGUGGCUCACCUUUCGGUGGCUUCGGCGGGUUUGGAGGGCAAGCUGGCGCAGGCAACGCCUCGGACAUUUUCGACAGCAUCUUUGGAGCAUUUGGUGGCGGAGGAGGCGGUGGACGAGCUCGAGGCGCAGGCUUUGCCGGAGAGAGCAGGGGUGACGAUCUCGAGACGGGCGUCAAUAUAUCCUUUGAGGAAGCUUGCAGAGGAGCUACGCGCAGCAUCACCAUCAAUCCCAUUGAGAAGUGCAGCCCUUGCUCGGGCCAGGGUCUCAAGAAGGGGGCCAAAAAGACGACCUGCGGCGUCUGCAACGGUACAGGUACCAGGACAUUCGUCAUCCAGAGCGGGUUCCAGAUGGCAUCCACAUGUCCUGCCUGUGGCGGAGCCGGCUCAUCCAUUGCAGCGGGCGAUGCCUGUGGCUCUUGCGAUGGAGUCGGCAGAGUAAGAGGCAAGAAGACUGUUCAGGUCAAAAUUCCACCAGGCGUCGACGAUGGCGCCAAGAUUCGACUGGAAGGGGCGGGAGAUGCACCACUCAGCGGUCCAGGACCCUCCGGCAGUCUCUUUGUGCGUAUCAAUGUGAGGAAAUCGAACAUCUGGAGGAGGCAAGGCUCCAAUCUUCACUUUGCCGCCAAGGUCCCUCUGCACGUUGCGCUCCUGGGAGGUAAAGUCAGGGUCCCCACAUUAGACGGAGACGUCGAUGUGCGUGUUCCAGCUGGAACGCAAGUCGGAGACGAGAUGCUGCUCAGGGGAAGGGGUGUGCAGAGCUUGAUGAGGAGAGGCGAAAAGGGAGACUUGCUCGUGGGAUUCGAAGUGGCUAUCCCGAGGAGUCUUACCAAGCGGCAGAAGGAGAUUCUGCAGAUGUAUGCCGACGAGGUUGAAGGCAAGACGAGCGCAGCUAGCAAGCCUUCACCAACACCCUCAUCGACCGCAACUCCUCCACCUCCUUCGAGCGCGGACGCAGCUUCAAAACAGCAAAGCUCAACCUCGGCAGCAGGAAACGAGACCGCAAGUGGGAGCGCAUCUUCAUCUGGUACGUCAUCAUCUUCGGAGGCAGAAUCAUCGGGUGAUACAUCGGGAGGCAGCGGACUGUUGGGUGGAUUCUGGAAGAAGCUGAUGGGAAAGUGAGGAGGUACGAAAGAAGUGCGGGACUAGUUGGUGAUCGGCUUUUCCGCCUGUGAUGACCCUCGAGAAGUGGGAGGAUGCAGCAUCGGAGCGGUAGACAGCAAUGGACCCUUCCCCACCACCAUCAUCUACUCGCACUUUCGGCUGCUCGCCUGCUUCUCGAGGUCAUCUGAGCAUCAGCUCCUGAAGCAAAGGAAAACACUCAGUCAUCAGCGGCAGACUCGAACAGCAAGGCGGAAGCAGGGAAGGCGAGCGCUUCUGCAUCUGGGGCCGCCUCUGCCACUCCAGCCGAUGCACAAGCUGAGAGCC